AUGGCUUCUUCAUUACCAUCAUCGACGGCUAUUAAACGAAACCUACCUUCGGAAAAUCUUAAUGAAAAUCAACCAAAAAGAAAUCAUUGGUCAGCAGGUUUAUCAACAGCUCUAGAUGAUGAAGGUGCACGAGUACACAAAGAUGAAUUAUGUACUGUGAUUAAAGAUAAAUAUCCAAAAGCUCGCAUUCAUUUACUUGUUAUGCCUAAUGAAUAUAUUGCAAAUCUUAAAUCGAUCAAUAAUACUCAUCUUCCUUUACUUAAACAUAUGCUUAAAGUUGGUAAAGAAGUUGCUGAAAAAAUUGCAGCAAAAGCUAAUGCUCGUGGUUCAUUUGCUCAUUUUCGUUAUGGUUAUCAUGCUAUUCCAUCAAUGUCACUUCUUCAUAUGCAUGUCAUCAGUCAAGAUUUUAUAUCAGAUAGUUUAAAAACAAAAAAACAUUGGAAUUCUUUUACAAGUGAUUAUUUUCUUGAUGCAAGUCAAGUUAUUGAUGAUUUACAAGCAAAUGGUUCUAUUCAUGUUGAUACAACAAGAAUGCACAAACUUCUUGAUAAUGAAUUACAAUGUCAUCGAUGUUCAAAUAAAUUUACAACAAUGCCUAAACUUAAGCAACAUUUACUUACACAUACUUCUUAA